AGGAAGCCCCAGUAAACACACUGACCUGACGGCCGCUGCUGCGCGUGCUGCUGUUGUUGCUCUGUCUUCUUGUCUCGGGAGGAUAUUCUGCGGAGUGCACCUGGCUGUCUGAUGGAGACCAGACAACAAGGUUUUCUGGACUCGGAGCCUCUGAGAGAAGCUGACGAAGACAUGGCGUCAGAGAUCAACCUAAACAACUGCCUCUUGACCGAGGAGGAGAGAGAGGAGAUCCAGCAACAGCUAGCUAAACUGGAGGAGGAGAUCAGUACGUUGCGGCAGGUCUUGUCUUCCAAAGAGAAGCAGCACGCAGAGCUCAGACAGAAACUUGGCGUAGGUUCUCUGAGCGAACUCAGGAACAACUUAAGCAAAGGAUGGCACGACAUGCAGACCUCCACAGCCUAUAAGAAGACCUCAGAGACGAUCUCCACAGCCGGACAGAAAACCUCCGUCGCCUUCACCACGCUGGGCAGCGCCAUCACCAGGAAGUUCGGGGACAUGAGCAUGGUUGGUCUAGAGUUACUGUUUCCUCGGAGGUCCAACUCUAUAGGCUACUCUUUCAGACACUCAAUGAGCAUGCCCACCAUGAGAAACUCUCCCAGCUUCAAGUCUUUUGAGGAGAAAGUCGAGACUACAGUUUCUACUCUAAAGACAAAGGUGGGCGGUGCAGAGACAGGGGGCAGCUUUGAGGAAGUCCUCUCCUCCGCAGCGAACGCCAGCUCUCAGGACACGCCCACUAACAACUUGACGGACAGCUCCGAGAGGCCGUGAUAGAGCGGCACCGUAAGGCUGGACUCAAAGACCAGGAACUGCUGUAGUGCAGAACUUAUCUUCUAAAUACUCUUGACUGAAAUGUUACAGAACACCUGUAUUAGAUCCCUCGUGCUAGGAUGCUUACAACCAUGUUUGAGAUGAAGCCUCCUAACCCUGAAUGCUUGAAAGGAAGUUUGAGAAAUGUCUUGUUUGGACCAAAUUGACCCUAAAUAUUCCAAAUAGGCAGUUGUCUGCCUUUAUUUUUUAAAAGGUCACAACAGCAAACUUACUGUAAUGGGGGGCUAACAAUAAACCCAGUGAGACCCUCAGAUAAUUCCACACAUAACUCAACUCGGUUUAAAGGAAACAUCCUUUGUAAUAAUCUAAAAUACAUUUGACCAAGAGACGAAUGUCUUUGUUGAAUUACUCUUUCUAUAGUGUGGUGCACUCAACCAAUAGGAGUGUAUUGCCAGCUCCAUACCACAGACGUUGAUCCAAUGAGGCGAGACGCAGCUAAGCUUGUGAAAACAGCCAGUACAGUAUAUCAACUUUACUUCACUACACCUGUCAUACCAAAAACUACAUUUUUAGGGUAUUAAUAGAAAUAAGUAGUUGAUAAUAGUCUUUAUGUUACAUUUUCAAGUACCUUGUACUUUUUACUAAAUGUUUUAAAAUGUACAUACAGUAUAACAUACAUUGAUGGAAUCCUGAAGUCCUGGGUAAAACUAAUUAUUUGUAAACUUGCACAAAUGACUUUUCAAUACGACUAAAGAUCUGAAAUGUUGUUAUGGCAACUCAAAAUAUAUUUGAUGGGAUAACUUUGCAAAUGCAGCCAGUUAUAAUGCUUUUUGAAAAAUAACAGCCUACUGUUCUACGCAUAGCUGAAUGCAAAACACUGACAGAGAGGCUUGCUAGAAUAUGGAGGUUGCGCAAAAUUAUAUAAAUCACUUAUGCUAAGAAUUAUCUUCUUCACUCUAGCAGUUGAAAAUUGACAUUUGACCCUGAAAUGGUUUCUGUGGCCUUUUGCCUAUGUUACUGAUGACAAAAUAACAUUAAUAUACCGAUUUCUUUUAACUUCCUGGUGCAGGAUAAACUGUUAAAUGCUGCGAGAUAACAAAGUUUUACUGAGUAUGUUAGGAAAAGGUUGGUGCCACAAAACGUUAAACAUGUUUAUUCAUUUGUGUGUAAAAACAUUGUUUUAUUUUUUACUUUUCAAGUACCUGCAUAACUUUGCCAUCAAGUUUCAAUAUAUACUCCGUUUCAUGUUUCACUUAUGUUUAAUUUCGUUCUUUUUUGCCGUGGUUUGAGAAGAUCUCCGGGAUCGUUUCAUGAAAUGUGUUCAAUAAUAUUCAUGUUAACGUUCAUAUAUUGAAAUACUGAGGUAAUGCAUGUUCUGUUAUUGGGAAAUAAACUACUGAUCUGUGACAUUCAGAAAACAUUGUGUUUGACAUCUGCAUACAAAUAAUCACAAACUAUUAUAAACAACUGGUUUUAUGGCUGAUGGAAUGAUAUUAAAGAUUGUUUACCCAAACU